AUGGCAAGGGAGAUUGCUAAUGCAAUUUCAUAUCUCCACACAGCAUUCUCUAGACCCAUCAUCCAUAACAAUAUUGAACCACAGAAUAUCUUCAUAGACUGCCAUGGGGUUCCAAAACUAACUGGUUUUUCAAAUUCUUUAAUUAUCCCCGAGGGUGAAACUCAUGUCAAGGAUGAUUCUUAUGAUCGGAAAUUUUCGUGGCCUAGGAGAUUACUAUGCCCCCACUAUAGGAAGACGGGGUGCAUAACAGAGAAAACUGACGUCUAUUCCUUCGGUGUUACUCUCUUGCGAAUUCUUGCUACAAAUACAAAGGUGUAUCCUGUAAUCCUGGCAGGGGAAUUAAGAGGAGCUGGAGUGGAACAACAAAUCCAAGCUGUGCGGGACCUUGCUAUCAGGUGCAUGAAGGAGGAGCCUAUGGAAAGACCAACCAUGGUUGAUGUCACCAAAGAACUCAGACGAAUCGAAAAGUCUAUCCCUUAA